ACGUGUAAGAGAAGAUAAUUACUCUCUCUGUCAAAAGUUGUAAGAGAAGGAAGAAGAGAAGACACACAGUCGUUGAUGCUGCUCGUCUUCUUCGUUCAACUAACAAAAGAAACUUCGCCAUCUCAGGGUUUGUGUUGCUUCUGCUUCUCUCUUUCUCAAAAGUUCAGAGCUUUGGCUGAGAUUUGGGUUGUAGGGUUUGUUCGGUUCUCGUCCGAUUAUUUUUUGCUAUUUUAGGAAACUCUUCCGUGGGUUUGAAGAAAGGGUAAAGCCAUGGAGGAGAUUAAGGAGGAGAACGUGGUGAACGAGUUUAGGGUGAGGGGUGAGUGUCUGCAUAGCGCGUUGGACAAGGUUAACGCUCAUGCUUCCGACGUGCUUGUCUUCAGUGUUCAGUGGAAAGACUUGAAUGAGUAUCUGGAAUCAGUCAAAGGUAAAUUAAAGGAGAGGUUUAGGGAGUUAGAGUCCAAGGAGGUUGAGUUGAAAGGUAAAAGCUUUGCACUUGAGGAGAGGGCUAAAGUGUUUGAAGAAGCUGAAGCUAAGGUUGCUGAUUUGGAGAUGAAAUCUGAUGGGAUUCGGUUAGAAGUCGAAGCAAGGAAGAAUGAACUUAACUUUUUUACUAAACAGGUUGAAGUUUCUGUUGGCGAGUCCAAUGCGGAGGAAGCGAGACUGUCUCAGCUUAGGAGAUUGGUGGAAGAGUGUGAGGCAGAGAGAAUGUUGAAGGAGAGUCAGAUUAGUGAGAUGGUGGAAUCUUGGAGAAAGACUCAUGUUGAGCUUGGUUUGAAAGGUGAAGAGCUAGCAAAGUUGGAGACUGAUAUUGAGAGGUGUUGUGCUGAGGUCAGCGCAGAGAUGGAGAGUUUGCGUGGAGCUCAAACUCACAGGAGACAGUUGGAUGAGGAAGUUGAGAGGAAGACAAAAGAUCUCACAUUGGUUCAGAGCAAGCUUGAGGAAUGUGAGAAGCUGUUUAAGACAAGCUCCUCAGAGCUGGUUGAGACUCAGGAUGAGCUUGAAUGUAAGCGAGAAGAUUUAGGACAGAUGGAAGCUGAGCUUGAGAGGCAUCGCGUUAAGGUCAGCACAGAGAAGGAGCAUUGGGAAAGGACGCGAGAUCACAGUAGAGAACUGGAAGAGGAGGUAUCAAGAAAGAAGAAGGAGCUUGAAUCGGUGAUAAAACAACUAGAUUCCAAGCAGAAGCUGCUUGAGACACAGUCAUCUGAACUUGUCUCUAAGGAGAAAGAGUUUGAAGCACUUAGUGUGGACAUUGGCUUGAGUGAGCAGAAGGUCAUGUCCCUAAAUAACGACAUGAAGGAGACUCGCCAACGAGUGGAAUCAAAAGCCAAGGAGCUGGAGAAUGUUCAAAGGCUAAUUAAGGAAAGGAGUGUGCAUUGUGAGUCACUCAAGCUGUUGAUUGAGGAACGCAGUGAAGAGCUUGUUUCUAAAGUGAAGCAACAGGAUGAGAUAACAGAUGGUAUUCGGAAGUUAUCCUUGGAGAUUGUCUUUAAAGAGAAGACACUGAAAAGAGCUGAAGUUUUUAUCCAGCAGCUCUCUCAGAAACAAGAUUCGGCAGAGGAAAAACUGGAUUCGACUAGAAGACAUCUAGCAAGUUGCAUUGACGAGCAUGAGUCAAUGGAGAGAGAUCUUAUCUCUGUGAAGGAUAGAUAUAGUGAGUGCCUCGAGGAUCUGGAUAUCAAAGAGAAGGAGUUGAAGUCUGCAGAAUCAAUACUCACUGAGAGAAAUAAACAAGUUGAGGAAGGAGAGAAGAGGAUGCAACAUUUGAAUAGCUCCAUUGAGGAACUUAUGGGACAGCUCAAGUUGAAACAAGAAGAGGUUUGUUCAAUCAAAAAGACCAUCAAGGAAUGCUCCCGUGAGUUGAAGGCUAAGAGGAAACACCGUGAUAAGGUUCAAAGCACACUUAGUGAUCUUAUUGCUAAGCUCAAGUCAACAGAAAGCCAACUUAACUCUGUCAAACAAAAGAUUCAAGACAGCUUGAAAGACUUUCAAGGGCUUGAACUGAAAGAGAAAGAGCUUAGUGCUCGGGAGGCAAGGAUUGAUCACAAGGCUCAGAAACUGAAAUCAACAGAACAGAAGUUGGCAAAAUCCUCUAAGAAAACUGAUCUGAAAGCAAAGAAACACGGCAACACGGUUCAACGAGUUGACCUUGUACGAGACGCUAACGUAUGCGACGAGAAAACUUUGCAGUUACUCUUACGUGGGCAUCUGAAGAAACGUGAUCAGCUUCAUCUCGAUGUCUUGUCUUCUGUUAAAAGAUAUUCUGACCCGGCAAAGCUUGUGCUAGACACAGUAAAUAGGCUCUACGCUUCUCACCAAAGGACAUCAGCUACAACAAAUCUUGAUCCAAAGAAUGUUCAAAGGAGUAGCAUCUGCUUGCUGGAAUGCUUGAUGGAUAUGUCACCAAACCCCACGACCGAAGUAAAAGGAGAAGCUUUCAAGUUUGCCACUGAAUGGAAGAACAUAACUCUGGUUGAGGCAGAGAAUCCAGUGGAGGUGUUGGAGUUUCUAAACUUUCUUGCUGCAUUCAGUUUGGCAUAUGCUUUUGAUGCUGACCAAGUCCAAAGUCUUUUUGAUGUUGACUUCCUUUGUAAAUAUGGUCUCAGUCUAUGCAAGGCUCUUGGAGUAUCAGCUCUAGCACCACCUGUCAACAAUAAUGUGCUAUCAUUGGAAGAUAAGCCUGAAGAGCAGCCCCCUGAAGCACCAGUCAUCAAUAGUAGUGAUCCCUGCUCCUUGGAUGUCCAACAAAGCAUAGCUUCACCUCAUUUGCCUGAUGAAGAUUCUCUUAGGGACAUUGAGGACUCAGCUUCUUUUUCACCGAAUGAAGUCUCAACUAAACUUCGAAUGCUUAAAUAUCCAGGCAGGUUUGUUCUAACUUGUCUCGAUGAUGCACUCAUUGGCGCUCGUAGGAAAGGGGAAUUAAGUUUAGCAGAGCCUAUAGUCAAGACUUUUAUUCCCCUUUUGGAGGAGCUGGCACGUGGUGUAGUCUCUACUGAUCCUCCUGGUCUACACUCUGAUGCAACCAAAGUGGCACGUGAAUGGGUGAGUAUGAUGGGAGCUAGUGUUGAAAAGUCAGAGCUUGAGGUUUGGGCUUUUCUGCAAUUCAUUGUGGCGUUUGGAUUGCGGAUUCAACCAGAUCAGAAUUUACAACUCGCUUCGCGUGUUACUCACUUCAAACAGGCUCCAAGACUCUUCCAGUCUCUUGGUCUCAGUGAUUCCAUCCCAAAUUUUGUCACACAGCUCCUUGACAAAGCCAUCUAUAUUCCGGCAAUCCGGUUUAUGAUUUACUUCAACGUGACAAACAACUUUUCUCCGCUGGAGUUCUUGAAGGAACAGAUCAUCAGUCUCAGACGUUCAGCCAAGGAAAAGAGAACAACACAUGAAUCACAGGCUGAUGCUGCUACAAUGAGGGACAUAAUGGAACUCAUUGAAGACUUCCAGCUGGAAAUUGACAUUCCUGUGGCUCUUAUCCUCAGAUUCAUGGUUCCUCGGGACAUUCAUAACCUUCCAGUUCAGGCUUCAGACACAGUCUUUCAAAGCUCAUGCAUUGAUACUGAUGGCUCAAACCCGAGCCAUCCAACAAGCUUUGAUGCGGCACCAGAUCAACCUGUUAACGUGGAAACAUAUGAAGCUGGUGGUUCAACUGAGUUCCAAGGUCAAUCUUCACAUCAAGCUGGUUCUAAACGUCCAAGGGUGGUGGAGGAUCCUGAGGGUUCUGGACCGGUGAUUAGACCUUGCUUCAAUCGACCACCAGGAUCUGGCUGAUUCUAGUUAUCUGUAUCAAGUUUAAGGCUAUAACUAGCUUCGUAGGAAGUAACUAACUAGAAAGAUCUUUUGUUUUUUGGGCUUGGUAGGUCUCAUCUAUUGUGGUUAGUAGCUCCAUGGUUUCUCUCUUGUAUAAUACACUUGUAUUUUGUUAUGGCAUUUGGGAGGCAGUUAAGAUCUUGAAUUUUUAA